UGUGCGCUGUGUGCCCGUAGCCGCCAGUGUAGAGUGUUGACGUGUGGUUUGCAGAGGGCGAGGGACGUCAGCCGGCAGCGAGCAGCGCGUCCAUUCCGGGGGCGAUCGACGCUGGGCCGUGGCCCGGAGCGCGAACGACAAGCGGACUGACUGACUGACAGGCAGGCGGCAAUGGCUGCAGACUGGGCUGAAAUCCGGCGGCUGGCGGCCGACUUCCAGCGAGCGCAGUUUGCCAGCACUGUGCAGAGGUUGUCUGAACGAAACUGUAUUGAAAUUGUUGCUAAACUGAUAGCAGACAAACAAUUGGAUGUGAUACACACAUUGGAUGGUAAGGAGUAUAUCACUCCAGCUCAAGUUGCAAAAGAGAUACGGGAUGAGCUGUAUGUUCAUGGAGGCAGGAUAAAUAUUGUGGAUCUUCAGCAUAUUCUUAAUGUGGAUCUAACAUAUAUCGAAAGCAGAGCAAGUGACAUUGUUAAAUCAAACCGAGAUAUUCAACUUGUGUUAGGUCAGCUGAUUGAUGAAGCCUACCUGGAUCAGAUGGCAGAAGAGGUAAAUGACCGACUGCAAGAAGCUGGACAUGUGACAAUAGCAGAGCUCUGUAAAUUGUAUGACCUUCCAGCUGACUUUCUAACAGAGGAAUUGUCACGGCGCCUCGGCAGAAUUAUAAAUGGACAGAUGGACACCUAUGAUCGCGGUGUUAUUUUCACAGAAGCUUUCAUUGCUCAACACAAGGCCCGGAUUCGUGGACUUUUCAGUGCAGUAACUAGGCCAACACCAAUAAGCUCUUUGAUAUCUCAGUACAAAUUUCAGGAACAUCUUCUUUACUCUUUUCUUGAGGAGUUUAUUAACAAUGGUCGUUUGAAUGGAGCAGUUAUUGGUGGCAGACAGGAUAAGGCUGUAUAUGUGCCUGAUAUCUAUUCAAGAACUCAAAAUAACUGGGUGGAUUCAUUUUACAAGCAAAACGGCUAUUUGGAAUUUGAUACUCUGUGCAGGCUGGGAAUUCCAGACCCAAUAAAUUAUAUAAAGAAGCGAUAUAAAUCUGCAUCAAUGACCACAUUGAAAGCAGUGUGUGUUGGCCAAACUAUUGUGGAUCAAGUAGAAGCUUCAGUGGAGGAGGCUAUCCGAUCUGGUACCUGGGUGGAUAUACAGCCCUUAUUGCCCAGUUCGUUCUCUGUGGAAGAUGCCUCCAUUUUGCUCCAGCAGUUGAUGAGGACAAUGAACAAACAUUCUGCUUCCAGGAUCUUUGCUGAUACCAUUGUGGUCAGUGAACAGUUCAUCAGCAGCUGCGCAGCACUUUUUGAGCAGAUGAUGCAACACAAGGCUGAAAAGGAGAUGCAGAACAAUCAUGCCCAUGUGUUAACAGAGGAGGACCUGAAGCAAGCUGCUAUUAUUGCAGAAAGUAUGAUUUCAGUUAAAAGGGACAAGCGAGAGGACAGGAAAAAGAAAUCAUCUGAUGGCACUGGAAGUACCCGAGCAGGAGGUGGUGGCAACGCAAGAGAAAUCAAGACCAGAAAGAGCAAGAAAAAAGGAAAGAGAGACGAGGAUAGUGAUGAAGAGAUGCCAAGCACGGGUAAACACAAGCCAAAGGAAGUAAUUUUCAUGCCAAAAGAAGAAAUUGAAAGCAUCUUGAAGAAUCACAAUCCGGAGUGUCCAGAGGAACUGAUAAGUGAACUUGCAGAACAUUUGAUCAGACCUUUAAAUAAAAGCUAUCAGGAAGUGUUACAUACAGUGUUCACAUCCACUGCCUCCUCUACUUCAGGAGCUAGUCGGAAAAAGACUGUGAAAGAACUGCAGGAGGAGGUCUCACAGUUCCAUAACAAUAUAAGGCUGUUUGAGAAAGGAGCCAAGCUCUUUGCAGAUGACACACAAGUUCAACUAGAAAAGCAUUUAUUGAAGACCAUUUGCACUGACAUUUGCAACCUCCUUUUCAACUUCGUGGCUGGAGACCUAAUGAUGGCAGUGGAAACCUACACAUCAAUAACCUCUGAGCUCAGAUUGAAAAUUUUGGCAAAGCUAGCUGAGGAAACUAGAGGUCCUCUCUUGAAGCUUCAUAACUCUUUGAAUGGCAAAUGCAUUGAAGAGUUUCUUUCCAUUUUGGAUGGUGUAACAGAUGUUUGUGGAAUUAUGCUGAAAAAGGGAGAGAAAAAGAAAGAAAGGCAAGUCCUGUUCCAACACAGGCAGGCAUUACUUGAACAAGUCAAAGCCACUGAGGACCCAGCACUAGUUCUGCAUCUGACGUCAGUUCUGUUGUUCCAACUUUCAACACACCACAUGCUUCAUGCACCUGGCAGAUGUGUACCACAGAUUAUCAGUUUCCUCAGCAGCAAGGUUCCUGAGGAUCAAUACAAACUCCUAGUGAAGUAUCAAGGUCUAGUGGUGAAACAACUUGUAGGUCAACACAGAAAAGGCAAAGAAGAUGAGGACUCUGGAGAAUGCAACAAUAUUGAGAAAGAGGCAGAAUGUAAUGUAGAGGCAGUUCGAAAGGAGCUGCAAGAAUUAACACCGUUUGUCAAAGAUCUUGUGCUGAAAGCCAGAAAGACUUCGGUGACAGAAGAGUGAAAUUACAUUUCACAAGAGUGAAAUGAGAUCUUCUGGAAUGGUUAAAUUUACCAAUCAAUUUAUGCAUUAAAGAAUGGUAAUUAUUACAAAUUUAAAAAACACCAUUUGCAUAUUAGUCACAGGAUAAACUGACGUUCUGCCGUAGAUCAUCUUGAUUAAAUUCAUAACAUAGGUAAUAACAAUUAGUUUAAUAAAAUUAUUGGACCUACAAGUCCUAUCUAUUUUGGAUUGUAACAUCGACAUUUAAUGGUUGGAGAUAGAAUGUAAUUUUUCUUCAUUGUCUAGUAUAUUUCAGAUACAGAGAAAAGAGUAAGACUUUACCAAUCUGCUCAGAUGAACACUUGCUAAUCUGUUCAGACUGCCAUAUUUAUUUGGAUGUUCUCGACUUUUUAUUUGAGAUAGAAAGAGAAAUUAUUCCUAACUGCUUUGUACCUUGGUUAAACAUUUCUAAUGAUGGGUCAAAAAAUAAUUAUGAUGGGGACUGAUAAUGCUGCCAAAUCUUUGCUGUGCCAUUGUACAAGAACCUGCACAGAAACAGGCUGAUUUUCUCAUAAAAUGCAAGGUCUGAUGCUCUGCAAUUUUUAAACACACCAUUCUACCAAUCGCCCUGUCAGAUACCAGCAGUCCUUGUUUGUCCAUAUGGUGUAAAUGCAUGUUAAGCUGAAAUAAACUGUUAGUAGCCAAUGUAGGUAGGAAAAAAGGUGUCCAAAAGCAAAAUGUUGUGAAUGCUGGAAAUUUGAAAUAAAAACAGAAAAUGUGAUAGCUUUCUAGCUGAAAGAAGUAUUGAAAUGCUGAAGAACUUUUCCCAGUUCUGAUGAUAGGCCACUAUAAAACACAAGUCAUUUCUCCAUGGGGGCUGCCUCACCUGUUGAGCACUUCCAGUACUUUUCUGUUUUUAUUUAGGAAAAAGCAGUGAUAUUUUUAAAAGAUUUGUGUCAGUUUGCAUAAAUAAUCUUAAAUAGCAAACAAAAAUGCAGAUGUUGAAAAUCUGGAAUAAAAAUACUUGUUAAAUUAUAAAGUCAUUAACUUUAAACAUUAAUGCUGAUUCUCUUUCCAAAGAUGCAGUCUGGCAUCUAUUUCCAGCAUUUUAUGCUUCUAAGUCAUGAACGGUUUGCUUUUAACACAUAAACUUGUCUAAUACUUACCUGUAUUUUUGAGUUGUGUAUUGUAGAAUCAACAUAGCAUAAAUUCCCUGAAAACCAACCUACAAAUUGCUUCUGAAAUUAUGAAUCCUGUUUUGUAAAGGGAAGUUAAAAUGUUACCUAAUACUACAGCAACAAAAAUAUAUUUUCAUUAAAGAAAAUGAAAUUCAUCAAACAAAAGUUUAUAUUUAAUUGAAUUCUAGAGUUAUGAAAAAAACUCGCACAUUUCUCUGUGUCUUUGACUGUCCUUGUCAGUCUGUGACUUAAUAGACUGAGAGAGACAAAUUACCUGAGUUGCUCAGUCUACCAAGUUACCUGCCCUUAGAGUGUGGGCACAAUGGAAGGGUUUGUUGGACUGUGGGCAGAGGAUCUGUGGAGGAAAGGGAGGCAUUUGUGGGGGUGGAGAAGUAAAUCUGUGAAGGAAGUAGGAGAACGGUCGACAUCUUCUUUGGUGCUAGUUUGCUAAAUUGUCAGAAGUUCAAUGCUGCCUUCACCUUUGCACAGUGAUUUAGAUGUCCAGUGCUGUUGUAAAUUUUGGAAGGUACACCCAAUGAAUAAAUAAAAGCAAAUUGAAUUGGCACAAGAAAGUUCCCUUAGAUCAAGGUUGUAAAUAGAUAAACUACUAAUUAUAGGAUGUAUAGUACAUUGUGCUCCUUGCUAACAGAGGAUUAACUUUCCAAAGGGCUCUGGUGAUAAUAGAUAAUAUUUAGUAAGUAAUGCAAAGCGCUAGAAAACUUCAUCUGACCACAAAAGCUUAAUUUGUUGUUACAUGUUGGUACUGUUAAAUACAUUGGAUAUUUGCAGCAGCAUCUAAUAUUUUGCCUCCAAAAUUCAGUUCCACUGAAGUUCCUGCAAUGAUGGAUAACCAACUAAUGCACAUAAUAGUGUUAUGUGCAAAUUCAGUGUCUGUUUUAAAAAGUUCAAAGGCAGAUCUCAAAUUCCUGCAUGCAACAAUAAAUCAAAUUAUUGUGAAUUUAUUCUUGUGACUAUUUGUUCCCAGUAAUCCACUUGUAAAUAGAGUUUUCCUUUGCUUUCAAUGUUUACUGCAUUCAGAGAGCAUAUAACUAUUUUAAAUUAGGAAUUGUGCAUCUUAAAAAGUGCUGCUUUGUACACUGCAAUUACAAAAACACAGUGUGCAUUCUUAUGUGUAUGUUUGCCCGACUGCCAGGUCACUUCAGUACAACUUGCUUUGGUGUCCAUGUUUUAAAAAAAAUAACAAAAAGGGUGAGAACUGUUAAA